AUGAUCCAGCCGGCCAUCCAGCAACAGCAUCCGGCGCACCCCGGCGGGCACCACGUCUUCCAGCUGCCCUACGCGUCGACGUCGCGUACACAGAGGCUCGACCUGCACUCCCGGAUCAGCCAGGCCGUCCGCAGCACCCUGCAGCACGUGCGCGUCUUGGAGAAUACACGAAGUCGCAUCCCAGGGCCCGGAUCUCAGACACUCAAGCCUUUUGCCUUAAUCAUUGACAGG